AUGCCACCUGAACGCACAAAUGUCCCGGUGAAGCUGUCCCUGCCACUUCAAUAUCAGCAGGACAUCUUCACCGAACUCCGCGAAGAGGAUGAGCUGGUCAUCCUGGCUCGUGGCCUUGGGCUGCUACGCUUGGUGACUAACUUGCUGCAUUUUUAUGACGCUGCCGGAAAUAAUCUGGUGCUGGUUGUGGGUGCAGAUGAUCGAGAGAAUGAAUGGAUCGGAGAAGCAUUGGCAGAGCAUUAUGCCAUUAGCAAGACACCACUUGCUCGGGGACUCAAGGUUAUCAACACGGAGAAAGCGACUGUAACGAUGCGAGAGAAACUCUACGCUGAGGGUGGUAUUUUGAGUGUAACAUCCAGGAUACUAGUCGUUGAUCUCUUGUCGAGACUCCUUGACCCCGAGAAGAUCACCGGAAUGGUCAUUCUACAUGCCGACAAAAUCGUGGCCACUUCAACUGAAUCUUUCAUUAUCCGAAUUUAUCGGCAAGCCAACAAAUUGGGCUUUCUCAAAGCCUUUUCCGAUUCGCCAGAGCCUUUUACAACUGGGUUUGCGCCUCUGGCCAACUCAUUGCGCAAUACUUUCCUGCGCAAAGCUUCCCUAUGGCCACGUUUUCACGUCACUGUUGCGGAGUCGUUGGAGGGACGCAGGAAAGCCGAAGUUAUUGAGCUAGAAGUCCCGAUGACGGAUAAGAUGCGUGAAAUCCAGAAUGCUGUCCUCGAGUGUGUGGAGAUCAGCAUCAGCGAGUUGAAGAAAGCGAAUACAGGAAUCGACGUCGAAGAUUGGACACUAGACAGCGCGUUACAUAGGAGCUUUGAUAUCGCUAUCAGGCGCCAACUUGACCACAUAUGGCAUCGUGUGAGCUUCAGGACCCGGCAGAUUGUUAACGAUCUGACAGAUCUGCGGGCAAUCCUCCACGCUUUGCUUACGUACGAUGCUGUUUCAUUCGUCAAAUAUCUUGACACUAUUGUCGCUGCCAAUUCUCCACCUCCCGGCUCGAGCAGGCAUAACUUUUCGCCCUGGCUUUUCCUUGACGCUGCUCAUGUCCUUUUCCAGACGGCAAAGUGUAGGGUAUACCAAGGGAAGAUAAGCCACGAAAUAAACCAUUCGUUUUCGAGCCCUUUCCCUUCCACACUUCAACCCGUUCUAGAAGAGCAGCCCAAAUGGAAGGUUCUAACGGAAGUGCUGGAAGAGAUUGAGCAUGAUGCUUAUUUCAACCCAGCAAACAUGGAUGGCUCUAAUAACACCACGCUGAUCAUGUGCAGCGAUCAAAGAACUUGUCGGCAGAUUCGAGAGUAUCUUGGGACAAUGCACGCCAGGGUCGAUAAUGAUCCAGAGGAUAUGUCAAGCGAAAACAUACAAAGCUCUGCAGAAAUCAUGAUGCGACGGAGGCUACGAGAAUACCUGGACUGGAAGCGCUCCCUCUCGAACGUCAACAGGAACCUAUCUUCCAAACCUGCGAAUGACGAUUCACAGACGGGCAAAAACCAGAGUCAACCGGGAAAGCCAAGUCAACAAGGAAAGGCACCCCAAAACAAACGACGCAGGGUGCGUGGUGGUGGCGCUGUCUCCUCGGCUGCAGGUCGUGUACCUAACAGCAGUGUGCAAACGGAGGUUGAAUUGCCAGACCAAGUAACUAGCUUGCUGGAUGAAAUCCAACCCACGGAAGUUGAGGAGACCCAAAAGGAGGAGAUUAUCAUUGACGUGCUAGACGACAUGGAUGACUUCUACGAACUGUAUGAUAUGAACGAUUUGGUCGUGGUGCAUCCUUAUGACGGUGACAUGGACGAGCAUAUUUUGGAGGAAGUUCGGCCACGAUACAUCAUAAUGUACGAACCAGAUCCUGCCUUUAUUCGACGAGUCGAGGUGUACCGCAGCUCCCAUGUUGGACGAAACGUGAAAGUGUAUUUCAUCUAUUAUGGAGGAUCGGUCGAAGAACAGCGAUACCUGAGUGCAGUGAGACGUGAGAAGGACUCUUUCAGCAAACUCAUCAAGGAGAAGGGAAACAUGGCCGUCACCCUCACCCAUGACAAGAGCAUGGAAAACCCUCAGGAGCAGUUCCUUCGAACCGUGAACACACGCAUCGCCGGGGGUGGUCGACUAGCAGCAACAGCAUCACCACCACGAGUUGUCGUGGAUGUUCGAGAGUUCCGAAGCGCUCUACCAUCCUUGCUCCACGGCAACAGCAUGAUCAUAGUCCCCUGCCAACUUACCGUCGGUGACUACGUGCUCACCCCAGAUAUCUGCGUCGAACGCAAAUCAGUCCGCGACCUAAUCACCUCUCUACGCAACGGCCGUCUCUACAACCAAGCCGAAACCAUGCUGCAACACUACAAAAACCCCCUCCUCUUAAUCGAAUUCGACGAGAACAAAUCCUUCACCUUCGAUGCAUUCACUUCCGCCGCAACACCGGGCACGACCUUCCUAACCGACUACGGCUUCUCAUCGUCGGGUGCCAUGACCACCUCCGUCUCAGCAAGCAGUUCUCUAGUCAACGCCUCCAGCCCGAAAUCCGCACAACACCUCCUCGUCCUUUUAACAAUCACCUUCCCCCGCCUGAAAAUCAUCUGGUCCUCCUCGCCCUACCAAACAGCCGAGAUUUUCGCAGAACUCAAAAAGAACAGCCCCGAACCAGACCCCAUCAAAGCCGUCCAAACCGGCCUCGACGUCGAUAUCGAUCCAGAUACAGCUCCAACAAGAGAAGGAGGAAACAUGAUGGCCGCCGCAGGAAUCGAACACCGAAUCUUCAACCUCCUGCCGCAGGAAAUGCUUCGUGCUGUGCCUGGUGUGACGCCGCAGGCGCUGGAGAGGUUGAUUCUGGAAACGGGGAAUAUCAGUGAGAUUGCAAAUAUGGAUGUGGAGCAGUUGGAUCCGUUGAUUGGGAAGGAGGCUGCGAGGAAGAUCGUUGGGUUUUUUCGGAAGAGUGUGUUCGAGGGUACGUAG